CUUGAAAGCAAACCACGGGAAGCGGGAACUCGCUUAGCGAGCCACAGCGCUCCAAGCCGCUCGUUUGCUAUGCUGAGCGGAGAGGAGGAGGUUGAGCAGAAGUUCCUUUGCACCGAGGCGGUGCGCGAGCGGAUCUUGGCAUUCGAUGCCCCGCCCCACCGGACUACCAUGACAGACGUGUACUACGACACCGCCAGCUUCAGCCUCACCAAGAAGGACCUCUGGCUCCGGCGGCGGAACGGGUCCUGGGAACUCAAGUGGCCAUCGCAGGGCCACAACCGCGCCGGCCAGGCCAGCUUCUACAUGGAGACCACCGAUGGUCCUGGCAUCGACUCGCUGCUGAAGCGGCUCGCGGGCCUGGACGUUUGCGUGGCCAAUGCGGCGGCCUUGAGAUCCGCCGGCCUGAAGCCCUUCGCGGACAUCGACACCCAAAGAACCAGGUAUGAGCUGGAGGUGCCUUUGCCGGAGAGCUUCGGGCUGCCCAUGAGCAGCCAGAAAGUCUUCGUGGACCUGGACUUGGUCACGUUCCUGGAGUUCAAGGACGCGCCUUACGAGCUCGGGGAGGUGGAGCUCUGCCGCUGCGACCACCUCAGCUCCGCGCAGAAGGUCCAGGCCUUGCAAGCGGCCAUGGCAGCGCUGGGCAUCGCGGGGUCCACGCCGGUGCACAGCAAGGUGGUGGAAUUCCUCCGGCGCCAUUCGCCGGAGCACCACCGCGCCCUUGCGGAUGCUGGCGUGGUGGAUGUGAGUGAGACACAUGAGAAGUUUUGUGACCUCACUCGCCCAUAAUGACUCA